ACUUCCUGUUUGACACAAGCCCUCUGCGUGUGCAGGGUCUAUAUCUCCACCACUACUACUGCAGCUACUGUGGCUGGUGGUAGUCUACAGCUGUUGUUUCUCUGGAGCCAUACACAGCACUAGUAAAGGAAGUGGCUCAUCUGCGCUCCCAAUCUUCURUCUUGUGAAUGAAUGGCAGUGGAAUUGGAGUCAUUGGACCUGAGGGGCUUUCACACAAACUAACGCCAAAAGGCUAUGGAUGUUACUGAACGAUAACAGCAGGUCGUGAGAAGACAUGCAGCACACGUCGUGUACUGAGGACCGGAUCCAGCAUGCUCUGGACCGAUGUCUGGAUGGGCUCAGACCCAGCCCCACGGCACCACAACCCUGGAACGUCCUGAUGUGCUCGGCGGGCCAGUCGUUGAACCGCUGGAGUCUGGAGGAAUUGGUGAAGAGAGACCCAGAGAACUUCCUCAUCCUCCUGCAGCAGAUCCUCAGGAAGACCCGAGAGGUCCAGGAUCAGUGUCAGUAUGAGCUAGUGGCUCCCCUCGCUAUCAUGUUCUCCUCCACUCUGUUACAGACCCCCUUCUGUCCCCCUGCCACGGAGCUGCUGGAGGAGGCCUGUGAGGUGUUCGGCUGUUUCGUGACUUGGCCAGAGCCUUACUGCAGCGUGUGUAAAGGACUGCUCUCCACCUUACARCAGGAACUCAAGGCCCCAGGCAUAUCCUAUCACAGACUGGUGAGAGAAGAGCAAGGCCUGGCCACCUCAAAACAUAGCUCAAAAACAAUGACGGUUCUGUUGAUGAACCCUAGUGAGGUGCCUCCUGAGUUCCUGUCUGUAGCAGACCAACUGAGUAGUAUCCAACGGUCCCAGAGAGAGACAUAUAUCACCCUGGUCAAACAUGCCUACCAGGCUACCCUGGGCUCCAAGUACCCCCUAGCCAGCAUCCACAAAGCCCUGCAGGUCAAGAGUCUAGAAGUGCUGGUGGAGAUCUUCUCCAUGGUAACCGACGUCCUGGAGAUGGCCGCUGCCAUGGACGACCCGGCGAAAGGCCGUGAUCAUGUGACGCAGGGCCUGGAGGGGCUGAGGGAGAGGAUGGGCGUCCCAGCGUCCAAUGUCAGGAAGUCUGACGGAAUGCUGCAAACUCUACCACUGCCCACAGCCAAGUGCUACAUGUUUCACUGGGACAAGGACAACUUUGACAUCCUCAACACCAURCUGGAGAACGAGCAUGACCUAACCGGCUUCCAGACCUCCAGUGGUCAGGGUGAUGGUGAAGAUGAGGAGGGGGAGGAAGGUGCAGAGUUCGACCUGGAGGAGGAAGAGGGAGAGAAGGAAGAGGGAGAGAAGGAGUUUGUACGUAGACAUGUCGGAGGCAACGGCUGGAGCAUGGACCACCGAGCCUCUACCUUCUCCACCGUCUCCUCCCUCUCCACUGCCUCUAAAGACUCCAUGUACUCCAACUUGUCCGAAUCCUACACCCCCUCCAUUCUCUCAGUCACUUCCGGCAUCGACAGCGACUUCUACGAAGACCCUGAGGACGCCACCUCCAGCCCCUCCCCUUUGGAACGGAGUCCAUCGUCCGGCAAGUCAACCAAAGCUUCGGCUCGUCGGAGCCAGCACUUCUCCCGUUUCUUCAAGACAAAGACACAGUCCCUGACCAGAGCCAAGAGCCUCGGCAGCCCAGAUGCUAAGGACUUUGUCCCUGUUCGUUCAAAGCGCUCCAACUCCCUCCCGCAGCAGGUGCACCUACGCAGCCCAGACUCCUUGUUCCAGACCCCCUGUACCUCCCAGGCCCUCAAGCAUGUGUGCUUCCGCCGGAGGCCCAUCCUGAGCAGUGACGAGGAGGGUGACAGUAAUGCCACCACCCUGAGGGUGGUAGUGUUCGGGGCCGACCACGUGGCGGGCAAGGUGGCGAGGGCCUAUAGUAACCUACGCCAGAGAGAGAACGUUUGCCCGAACCUCAGCAGAGCCUUCCGGCUGCAGUUCUUCUUUGUGCCUGUGAAGAGGGACAGUGUUGUGAGGUGCCCCAGUCCCAGGUGCCCUAGCCCCGGAGGCCAGUCGGCUAGCCCACGGAGAGGAAGUACAGUGAGUACAACUGUUAUAGAGCUCAACAUUAUUGCCACAGAAGACAGCACUAACGACAUAGCCCGUUUUAUUGGUAUGCUGGACCCCUGGUACGAACGCAACACCUUGAGCCUGCUCAGUCUACCAGCCAACGUGGUGUGUCAGCAAACCUCUAAGAUAGAGUGUGAGUUGUAUGAUAGUUCCUAUGAGGAUCGUCUGCCCAUCCUGGCUGACCUGGUGCUAUACUACUGUCGCCAUGCCACCAGGCCUGCACUGAUGCAGCUCUACCAAGCUGAGAUGACGUUAGCUGGAGGCGAGAGGCGGAKAGAGGUUUUCAUUCACUCCCUAGAGCUGGGCCACACCGCGGGGACACGAGCCAUCAAGGCUAUGGGUGCCGCAAGCAAGAGGUUUGGGAUCGAUGGCGACCGGGAGGCAGUCCCUCUGAUGUUAGAGGUGGUUUACAACAGGGUGGUUAUCAGUGGGAGGAGUCAAUGGACGAAGAAAGACACAGUUUGCACCUCCAUCAACCUGACCAAAGCCUGCAAGAAUCCAGAGGAACUAGAUUCAAAGAUGGAGUGCUUGCAGUUGACAAUGACAGAAGUACUGAAAAGGCAAAACUCAAACAAAUCUAAGAAGGGCUACAAUCAGCAACUGAGCAUGACUGAGGUGAAGGUGGACAAGGUGCAGGUCAGUGGGACUGGUAACACCACCUUCGCUGUGUGUCUGGACCAGGAUGAGAAGAAGAUCUUCCAGGGUGUCACCAGGUGUGAAGUAUCUGUAUGCUACAAGCCUGACAGCUCUACAGACUGGAGGUUAGGCCAGGGCCUGUCCUCCCAGAUCCAGCCUCUCCACCCCACCUUCUGCUCCCUCCUCUGCCUGCCCAUAGCCACCUUCAGUGGGGCACAGCCCUGACAGGGGAAUACCAGCCUUAAAAAUAUAUAUACUUUAAUGUAUUUCUGACACUUUUUAGACAGCUGGUAACAGAGGGGGAGUAAGUGGAGAUGAAAAGCCUUGAGUCUGUGGACCAGACUAAAAUGAAUGGAAGAGAUUCUUUUUGGAGCCAAGGGACAGUAUAGCUGCUGGAUGGUUCAGCGAACCACCCUCCUGUGAUGACUAACAUUGCCUGAGACCUACAGACGUCCGUUGGGCUAACAGUCUUGUGACAUUCAGGAGACCCAGGUUCAAUAACCAGUUGCUAAAAUGGACACUAUGGAUUAUGUAAAUGAUGUACAUUUGUAUACUAUAUAUUUCUUCCCUCAAAAUAACGUCAUCAUUACACUGUAGCUACACGGGCAUUGGCGCAAGGUAUUUGGAAGCACUGAAGUCCUCUCUUCCUGCACUGCAAUGAGCAACGGUUUCCUGAAAUGGGACAUUUCUGAAAUAUCACAGUGACUUCUUCUUUAGACCAGCAGGGGAGUCUAUUGUGUUCACUUUCCCACACUAGAGUAACUUAUGUCAGGAUAAUGAUAGGAUAAUGAAGGAUAAUGAGGGAGGAAAAGCAGCCUUUUCUCAGGACUCCACAGACUCAUCCAAUAGCAAUGAUGUUAAAUGUUGUUUUUACAUUUGAAUGUAUAUAUUUGACAUUGUAUUAAAUAAUCCUAUUUUGA